UCUUGGGCAAGAUAGGAGCUGUCACUUUAUUGAGAGAUAUACAGACUGAUGAUCAAUCAUUCUCAUCAAUGUGUAUGGUCAUAUUUGCUCCGCUUUUUGCCAUCUUUGCAUUUGCAACAUGUGGUGGAUAUUCUGGCCAGAUAAUGGUUAAAGUGGACUGUGUGGAUAAAAUCCAAAGCAACAUCACUAUCACUUUUGCCUAUCCAUUCCGACUCCAGCAGGUGCACUUUAAUGCUCCUCUCUGUGAGGAUAAGAGGCAAGAGAUGCUCUUCCUCGAGGGAGACUACUCUUCAUCAGCACAGUUCUUCGUUACUGUGUCUGUUCUCGCCUUCCUUUACUCCCUCCUAGCCACGAUAGUCUACAUCUUCUACCAGAACAAGUACAGGGAAAAAAACAGGGGCCCUGUAGUGGAUUGCCUGGUGACAAUGGUUUUCUCAGGACUUUGGCUAGUGAGCUCCAUAGCCUGGGCUAAAACUCUUUCUGGAGUUAAAACAGCUAUUGAUAUAAGUCGAAUACAGCUUUUAAUGACUGCCUGCAGAGACCAGGAGAAUGUGUGUGAGACAAUAGCGGAGCCCACUUGGACGAAUCUUAACAUGUCAGUGGCUUUUGGAUUUUUGAACUUCUCUCUGUGGGCUGGCAAUAUUUGGUUUGCCUAUAAAGAGACAGGCUUGCACAAGUCCAGUCAGCGUUACCUCUCCAGAAUGCCCUCUGAGAAACGCAGCACUAGUUUCAGGCAGUACAGUCAAAGUAGCUUUGAUCAGUCUGGACCAGGUUUUGGACAGAGGCUUUACAGCCAGGGUAGUUUUGAAAUAUCAGGUGGAGGCUUCAGCCUACCACAGACCAAUCUGGGACAACCAAUGUUUUACAGACAGAUGGGGAGCCCCACUUCCAGAGGACCACUCAUAUUUGUCAAUGAGAGUCAGUGAUAGAAGGUUAUACAGAAUGAUUACACUGUACAACCUUUGGUGUAAGAGGGGAAACUGAGAGAGGGGGAAGAUUUACAGAAAAAUGUAGAAUUGGUAUAUAUAGUCACUCUAAGAAAACCCAGUGUUUAUUUGGGUGAUUUUUAACACUGGGAAUUUUGGCUGACCUCUAGCUAGUUUAGUCUGGUGAUUUUAAUCUAAAGAUUAAUUGUGGUAUAAAUAUAAUGGUCUGUAACUUGUUUGUGUAUUCAUUUUUAAAUGCUGAUAAAAUAUUUAUACACAUGCUAAAUUUAAUGUCAAUCUAUGUUCUGUGACUGAGUCUCAUUUAUUGAUAAUAUAAAAAAUUUAUUUGUUGUUUAGUACAUUCUGAAGUGCUUAACUAAACUUAAAAGUCAACAUGACCACUGUUUGUAAUAUUUGGAUGUACUUCUUUAUUUGUUUUUGUUCCCCUGUGUCUUGCUCACAAACAUGAGUAGUAACAUAUUUCAUUCUGAUUUAUGCUUUCUUUCCAUGUAUAUAAUAAUAGUUUCACCUCUGCAAUGGUGAUGAUGUUGAUUGCAGGACUUUCUUGAAUAACCAUUGUGCCAAACAGCAGUCUGAAGUUAAAAGAUGUCUAGAGAUGCUAAUUAUCCGAGCAGAGGGCUGUAUUAUUAAUGACUCAGUGAUUUCACAUUGUGUGGUGCAAGAAGUAUGGUGAUGUAGAAAGUCUCAGUCAAAAAUGUGAUGCAGUCAUAUUGUAACUUGUUCAAUAUUGAAGUUUGUAAACUGGCCUUGUUAUCUCAAAAAGGAAUAAAACAUUAAGAAUUCCAA